GCAGGCCUUGAAGCGCCUGGUUCCAUGGCGAAUUCAAGGUACGGCUAUGUGCGCGCCUACGAGCAGCCCGAUAUCCUCCUCCCCAACACAUACAUCGUCGUGCGCAUCGACGGGAGGGGCUUUACCAAACUCACGGCGAGGUACAACUUCGUCAAGCCAAACGAUGUCCGCGCUCUGCACCUCAUGAACGCCGCCGCCGAGGCCGUCAUGAAAGAGCUGCCAGACCUCGUGUUGGCCUAUGGCCAGAGCGAUGAGUACAGUUUCGUCUUCCCCAAGGACUGUCAGCUGUUUGAGAGGAGAGCCAGCAAACUGACCACCACCAUUGUCUCGACCUUCACGGCCAACUACGUAUUCGCCUGGUCCACCUAUUUCCCGGACACUCCGCUGACGCCGCCUCUGCCUUCCUUUGACGGCCGAGCUGUGUGCUAUCCGAGCGAGGUCAAUCUGAGAGACUAUCUCAGCUGGCGGCAAGUCGAUUGCCAUAUCAACAACCUCUUCAACACCACCUUCUGGGCCCUCGUUCAGAAGGGGGGAAUGGAACGGCGUGCAGCCGAAGAGGAACUCGCCGGCACCGUCGCAGCAGAUAAGAACGAAAUCCUCUUCUCGCGUUUCGGAAUCAACUACAACAACGAGCCCGAAAUCUUCAAAAAGGGCUCCGUCUUGUACCGCGAUUUCUCCCCGGCAUCUACCCAGCCGUCGAUUACCCCGGCCAAACCUGUAGAGCCGUCCCCACUUCCACUACUAUCCCACCCUCAACCCAAGAAACUCUUACCACGUCCAAUGUCGCAACCACUCCAGAGCACCUACCCUAGCCUGUUUCAAGAUACUCCACUCCCAAUGCCUUCGGAUCCAACAACCCCACGAGGCCCGACAUUCUUGUCUACCUCAACCACACCUUCACCGCCUCCCUCAGCUCCAGACAUGUCGAUCCCGUCCUUCUCUACAUCUUCGACCGAGAAGCUCUCUCUCGCUUACCCUCAGACAUUCUUUCCUGUCUCACCCCCAUCCAACAGUUCUGGUUCCGCAGCCUCUGGUUCUACCAUGAAGUCGCCACUUCCAAGCUUGACUCCUCUCCCUCUCCCUCCUCCGACAUUGAAGCCCAGCACGCGGCCGCCACCGUCGUUGAGUCCCCCAAAUCCAACAACCCAUUCCAACUUCUCGCCGUUACCAUCCCCCAAUCCGGGCGGCCAUGAGACUUAUGCCACGAUACCUUUGCAGCAACCGUCCUCUUCGAAACGCUCCAAAAAUUCGGUUUCCCAUUCGGCGUCUGCGUCUCUUUCACGUCCCGUGACUGUUGCGGCGCCAGGCAGGCCGCUUCCCAAACGGAGUCCCAGCAUGUCGAUUCUCAACUUUAGCCCUCCUCAGAUUCCGAUUCGCAUAUCUUCCAUUCCUCUCGAUGCGCCCACACGGAAACUCUCUUUACCUUCAUCAAAGGCUUACCUGCUGAACCGUGCCGAAGAGAAGGAGAAUACUUCCCCUGGACGAGGCGAUCAUUCACGCACACCGCCAUUGCGAACUAUGAAAGAGCUACCCUCACCGCCGGCUGACGAGGACCACGUUAUCCGCGGAGCCGUCAUGGGCAGCCAACCCCAAGAAUGGAGCAUCAGCCCUACACGAGAGUCUGUGCACUUGGCGUUCGGAUCGGUCGAUGCAUCAAGAUCAUCAUACGACGCCCCACCGUCAGAGCCACCUCCGCGGUCCGCGAAGCGCAUGAGCAGUCAUUCCAGACUACACUCCGCGCCGCCAUCUUCAUCGUUCUUUGCGUCAACAAUGGCCGCCGCAGACGCGAUCCUGUCGCCACCCCUAACCUCACGCGAUGUGAACGGCGACUGGCCGCGGACCUCGACCCGCUCAACGUCUCUCUCCCCAACGUCCACUCCUCCGGCCACAUCUGUACCACCCACCCACCCACAAUCUCACUCCCAGACCCCGAGAUCCGACCCCGCCUCUCACCAACCCCCAAAAGGACCGCCGCCCCCGAAGAAGGACAGAAGCCAGUGCACGCACAACAGCACCCACCACCACAUCCACCACCCGCAGCAGCGCAGCAGCAGCAGCAGCAAGAAGAAGAACGUCGGCGGGGGCAGCAAAGUGCAGGAUCCCAUGGAGGAAGAUGGAGGGUGGCUAGCCUCUUCCUCCGCUGGCGGACCCUCCGACGGGCGGCCCGUGGAAAAAUCAAAAACCCAGCGUGAGAAGGAGCGCAAGAAGAAGAUGAAGGCAAAGGUCGUCACCGAGCAUGUCGACAUCAUCAAAGAUGGGUUUUGGGAGAAGAGGCCGUGGAUUCUGAACGGCAAGGUGGGGUGA